GGACAGCUGGACCCACACAGCCGCUACACAACAGUCCCGCCCGGAGGCACGACUCUGCAGUCGCACGUUAGUUUGCGCGGACGACCAGCGGACACCAUGGCUGAGAGUGAGAAUAUGUUUCUCAGGGCGAAGCACCGCACGUUCAGCGGAUUGACUGAAGAUGCGGAGCGUGAGUGGAAGGGACCAUUUUGCUUCAUCCAAGCUGCAGACCCCCAGCUUGGGUUGAUGAAGGCCUGGAGGGACGGAGACUGCGAUGGUGGCGGGGACGAAUGGGCUGAGGAAGUUGAGUUGACUAAACAGGCUGUGGAGGCUGUUAACCAGCUCCGACCAAGGCCAAGGUUCAUGGUGCUGUGUGGUGACCUCGUCCACGCCAUGCCAGACACGCCAUUCAGAGACGGUCAGGAGCGAGACCUGAAGGCGGCCCUGAAGGGGACGGAUCCCUCCAUCCCGCUGGUGUUCGUCAGUGGGAACCAUGACCUAGGGAACACCCCCACACCCGGCACUGUGGAGCAGUACUGCAAUGCUUGGGGGGACGACUAUUUCAGCUUCUGGGUGGGUGGAGUUCUCUGCCUGGUUCUGAACUCCCAGUUGUUCUACGACGCCUCGGCCUGCCCUCAGCUGAAGGAGGCUCAGGAGACCUGGCUGGAGGCGCAGCUGAGCAGGGCCUCCUCCUCCUCCUCAACGGAACCCAAACCCAAACAUGUCCUGGUAUUCCAGCACAUUCCUCUGUAUCUAGAGAGCCCAGAUGAAGAGGAGCAAUACUUCAACCUGCAGAUGGUGGUCCGACAAAACCUGCUGGACAGGUUCAAGAAGGCAGGGGUGAAAGCGGUCUUCUCCGGCCAUUAUCACCGAAACGCCGGUGGCUGCCACGGUGGCCUGGACAUGGUCGUCAGCUCAGCCAUCGGCUGCCAGCUUGGCGAUGACACCCACGGUGUCAGGGUGGUGGUGGUGACUGCUGACGGUGUCAUCCAUCGCUACCACAGCCUAGACCAGCUGAGGGCACAAGGCAUGGACGAGGACCUCAGGAAACUCCUGCAGGCUUGAGGCAAAAGCAGAGAAAUUUGGAUUGUCAACAACAAAGCUGGGUAUUUUGUUGAUUGAUUUGGCUUAAUUUCCGGUUUGGAGCCCCCUAGAGUUGAACUAGACUUGACUUGGUCAACUCAAAAAUGUGUGAUAAUAAAAUCAGUCAUACGUAUACUCUUAAUAGAUCAUUUGCUCCAUUAUGACAAGCUAAACGUACUCAUGAGCUACCUGAAACAGCUGACCAAUUGCCCAGUCUCAAAGUAGAGAUAACACAGUUCUAUUGUAGCACAUAUCGCACAUUUGACCAGAAAUGAGUCAAAAGUAGUGAAUUCAAACCAGCAAAAAUGAGGCGACAUGCCAAUCACACAGUAUAAAGUGUACAGAACCUCAUGAUAAAAUCAAAACUGAAUGUUUUCCUGAGAAUAUCUCUUGAAGAAUUGGAUGUCAUGUCUACACAAAGAGAUCACUGAAUGUGUUUUUAAUCUCGUGGUUCUUUUGUGGAGAAGCACAGUCCUCCUAUAUCUAAAGUAGCAUUACAUCCUCGGGCACCCGCUCUGUCUGUCUGUGCAGUGCAGAUGUUGUCUGUGUAACUUUAAAUAUGUCCAAAGUUUUACAUCAUUAAAGGAAGAUUCCACUCUAACAAAUACCAUAAACCUCAUUUAAAACAGCUGCUAGAGGUGAUCUCUGCAGUUCAAGACACAUCAUGUUGUUGUUUGCUUGUGCAGCUUUCUUCCUGUUUCUACAGGUGACUGUGGUCACAGUGCAAAGUGAAACAAAAGACCAACGGCACAUGUUUAGUAAAUUCACUUCAGGACUGUUUUUACAGGCACCACAGGAGAAGUAAUAAAUAGAUCAGAUUUAAAUUCUUCAUCAGUUUCAGAUGAUAAAAGUCUGGAGUUUUCCUUAAAUGAUCCUAAACUGUCUAGCUGUCAUAGCUAUACUCUGUUUGCUGUUGCUGCAGUCUAAUGCCUUGUUGGCCAUCCUAUGCAAGCUAUCCACAUCACCAUAUUGUGUGUUUGUGUUUUUAUGUUUUUUAGUGUGGUACAUUGUUUGACUGACCUCUGAUCAGAUUAGAGCCGAGUAAAGCUGAUAAAAACAACUGUCCACCCAGUAUGGUAUUUAAAUAUAUGUUGACUUAAGAGAUUAUAUUUAACCUGCGCUAAUAAUUAUAACAACAAUGACAAUCUUGUGUUUGACAAAAGCUCAUUUUAAAGUCAUUCUCUGAUCGUUGAUUUAAACCCCUAAAAGCUCAUCUCUGUGCAUCAGAAUUAUAUAUAUUUUUAGAUUAAUUUUUUCCUAUGAAAACAAUCCCUUCCUACCUUAAUAAGGCGUAGAUGUGAAGCCCCUGCUUCUCUACACCUAUCCGUGUAGCUCGAGCACACCAGCUCACCUGAGACUGUCAUCGGUACUCAGCAAUGGCGUUGACUGCUUAUUUCCUUCAUGAUAUGUCUUCCAGCAAAGAUAAAACACCUUGUGGGCAUGUUAACAAGCUAAAAACCUUGAGUUUACUGGAGAGGGUCUUUAAAGUUAUUAUUAUUCCCACAGUUUGAGUCCCGCUUGAUGAGCAACGCCUCUUCUAGAUGAUUCUUUUAGCACCAACACACCAUCUCUCCUGAGACUGCUUCACUAUAAGAGCCACUCUGUGUUUUGCCAGUCAAAUACUUGGAAGGUAAAAGAGCAGCAACUGGAGGAAAUGUUGGUCUUGCAUUAGCAGCAGCUUUGAUACAGGAUUCUGAGAAGGCUGAUAUCUGUGAGAUAAAAUUAUAAACUGUAUGACCUGCUGCAUUUCUUUACAUCUGAAGCCCGUGUUGGAACGGCAGACCCUGCUACUAGCACAAAACUCUUAGAUUAAUGGGUUAUUACAAACACAAUUGAAUGGAAUCAUAACAAGUGUCAAUGAGGGUGUUUGAUUUAAUUGAAGUCUCAAGAAAUAUUUGGAAUUGCAUCAGAUUCCUCCACAACCAGCAAAUUGCUCUUCAGUGCAAGUGUUGCAGCAUCCACUUGGUGGCUCCCAGUUACACGUUUAUUAAAGCAUAGAUCAAACUGACCGUGAUUUUCCCUCGCUGCCGUGCAAAUAUUUCACCAUUAGACCACAGUUUCAGCUUGAGAUUUACGAUGCAGCAGCUCAAAUUUAAAGCACACCUAAUCACUUUAAUCUGCACACGGCUCGGGUCCUCGCUGCAAACUGCACAAGCUGAAGUGCUCAGUAAAUAAAAUGAAUGAAGUGUAAUUGUGUCGUUAAAAGCCAAACUAAAGGAGGUGUCAGACUGAUGUAACACAGUAAUAGUAAUCUGUGAUCUGUUGGUGAUUACUGGUGGGAGGAGGACAGUAUUUCCUGACUGUUUAGUCAGAGCUAAAACAACCUCACAGUGUUACACUCCGCUCGCUGCGGGCUGAUUUGGGAGCUCACAGUCCUGAAAUUGUCUUUAAAAUGGACAUUUCUGCAACAAAAUGACUUUCUCUCUGAGCCCUAAAUGACUCUACUCGAUUACACUUUCCACACAGACUCUCACACUCGCCCUGACCGACUGGGAACGGAAGAGGGUUGUCAUGGCAACCCUUUAGCAACACAUCUGUGUGUCUCGGAGAGAGACGGCCAGUGUGGGGGGGUGGGGAGAAAGCGUACGUACUCCCCCGUCUGUGUGUGCGUCCGUCCGUGGUCUGGUGGGUUCUGUAGGUGAUUUUCCAUCAGCGACGCGAUCACUGACCUAAUUUCACACUGACGGAUUCCGUCUCCUCCAAAAAAAAGUCAGCAUGUGAUGGAGGGAGGAGGGGGCGUCUAAGAGGAAUGGAUAAUGAGUGUGAUGUGUGAAAGACGAGUCAGUCCAUCUCCUUCAUUUCCUGUCUGAGAAGGAACCUUAUGUCCUUAUCUAUUUUUAUAUCCUCAUGGUAGCCGAGCUCAGUCACAUUGUUCGUUAUCUUUUUGUGCGUGUGUGUGUGUGUGUGUGCGUUUGAAUUUGUUUUAGAGCACAUUCGCUCAAAGAAUUUGGGGAACAUCACACACUUUGACUUGUUCCUGUGUUGAAUUCUAAUGAAUGACCAUACUGAACACCAUGACUGUGAUGACCUGUUGUAUUUUUAUAAUAAAUGUUGAUUUUAUCUAAUGAU